GCACCAGAGCUAAUCACUGCAGAGCUCAGUUCCACGACAUACCUAAAGAAACAAACGAUUUACACCUAGAGUAGCACGAGCUGGACCGGGAUUUUGCCGGUGGUCCGGUCCAGUUCUGUGCAUCUAAACUGACUGUUGUGAAUUAAUGAGACUAAAGGAGUCCGGACCGCGUCUGUUCCGGUCUGAGGAGAUCCGGACACGCGAGGACAACAACGUGGACUCUGUGGAUGUUCCUGUGUAGCUAGCUGCUAGCUGCUAGCCCUCCCCCACACGGCCCACCUCCCGAGUCGACGGACGCACUGGCAGGUCCACAACCGGACUGAAGCUCUCCUCUAGAUAACGCAGUAUCCUAGUGUCAUCAGUGUGUUAUCAGCCGCAACUCUCGUGACCCGAACAUCCCCCGAGGAGUUCAACCCACUCUGGCGUGUGUGUCCAUCUGCAGCUCUCUUCCGCAGCCUCACAGCCUGUGGUUGAUCGACUGAGCCAAGGAGCAGAGGCAGACGGAGGGAGACGGAUGUAUUUAUUGAAGCAGAUAAAGAACGGAUAGCGCGAGGGACGGAGAGGAAGCUAGAGAGAGAGCAAGAGAGAGAGACGGAUAAGCUGUCAGGGGCUCUUGAAUGGUGCAGCAGUUUCCACCUGCAAAAACAAGGCCUUUGAAUCCCCGCUGCAGUGGCUCAGACGGUGAAAAGAUUCUCUCUACGAUGCUGGCUGACAUGCUGUUAUUGCCGUUCACUCGCCGCACUUCCAGUGCGCUAAUGGAUGUGCACCAACUGCCAUGCAUGCGCACACACACACACUUCUCCGGAGUCCCAUUUUUGGGGUUUUUAUUUCAAGCGGAAGUGGAAUCAGAGCAUCUUUUCCGUUAUUCGGGUCAUUCAGUGAGCUAGGAGUCACUUGUUGACAACAAGAGUCAGAGGUGCCUACAAAAGCUGUUUUUGAAUAAGAUGCUCUCACCUGUUCCUAAAGCGGGAACAAAACAGGAGUUGUGGAGCUUGUUAAAACUGUCAAAUGAAAAAUGAAAAAAUGAAAGUCAAAAGUAAAAUCUCAGAAGUUAUCAAAGAAUCAGCGGCGUCUCAAGCGCUCUUUGACUCUCCUGCGAAGGUUUUCACACAGGACACAAAGCAGCGGAGAUAGCGAGGUUAUACAUUACACCUUUUGGCAAAAUCUUGAGAUAACGCAAAGCCCAUUGCAGGAAAGACAAACAUGCGCAAGCUGCAAUAAAAAAGUGGAUGAGUAGCUUACAUGGACAAACAAUGGGUGAAGAGAUGUCACAGUGGGGGAGGAGGGGAAGAGAGCAAGCAAGGACAGAAGAGCGAGGUGAUUGUGAAAUGUUUUCUCCUCUGGAAGGGGGAGAUGUUGAUCGGUCAACCCCCUUAAACCUCACCAGAGGGGAGUGUGAAGGGAGGGGGGGAAGGAGCAAGGGAGCGUGAAAAACAAGAAGACGCAACGAAGCACAGAGGAUCUCUGGGGUUUUCCCAACAUUGCUCCACUUAUUCAUCACUUUUAAAGUGGGGUGGUCGAGCAGCUGCUGGGAUGUGGACGGAUGCCAAAGCAGAGGUGGGGGAGGCCAGCGGGAGUCGUGCCAGCAUCCGUCGGCGUGUGUUGAACAGCCUGCUGCUGUGUGCUGGGGACAUGGGGUACUUGGAUAAGUACAUGCAGGACAAGCUGUUUGUGCUGCAGCUGGCGGUGUCGGGACUGAGAGGGGUGACCAGGGUGAUACUAGCCAACAACCCGCUGAGUGGUGCUCUCAUCUUGGCUGCGCUGUUCUGGGCUUCCCCCUGGCAGGGCCUGCUGGGAACUCUGGGUGUACUGGUCUCUACGCUUACAGCUGUGAUCAUGGGGCAGGACAGCACUGAGGUGUCAGGAGGUCUGCACGGUUUCAACGGCAUGUUGGUGUCCCUGCUGAUGGGAGUGUUCAGCUCGGCUGGAGACUGGUACUGGUGGCUGGUAGUGCCCGCCUGCUUGGGGUCGGCGACAUGUGUCUUUCUGUACAGCGGUCUGUCCUCCCUGUUGGACCGCUGGGACCUGCCUGUGUCUGUGUUUCCCUUCAACAUCACCAUCCUCCUCUACCUCCUCUGCACCGGCCCCAACAACCCGUACUUCCCGCACCACACGGUGAUGCCACCGGGGGCGCUGGAGCCCAAUGACACCAAGCUCCUUACAGUCGAGGUUACACGUGGCAUCUUUCUUGGUGUGGGUCAGAUCUUCGCCUGUGGAGCCCUGGGGCCCUCCCUCCUCAUCGUGGGAGCUGUUCUGCUCUACUCCCCCCUGCUGGCCGUCCACGCUCUGUUGGGAUCGGCGGUCGGGACGCUGGCUGGGUUGUCCGUGGCGGUGCGUCAUGACUCUCUGUACUCGGGUCUGUUGGGGUUUAAUGGAGCUCUUGGCUGCAUGGCUGUGGGAGGACUCUUCUUCACCUUCACCUGGAGGACUCACCUCUUUGCCAUCGCCAGCGCCUUCCUCUCGGCGUAUGCUGACAUCGCUCUGAGCAAUCUGCUGGGAACUGUUGGUCUGCCAGCCUGCAGUUGGGCAGCUACCCUGACAUCCACACUGAUGCUGCUGCUGACCGGCAGUUUAGCAACAUACCGCAUUCCUGUCGGUCAAGUCAUGGCCCCUGAACACAACCUGCGCUCCCGCACCCAAUGGGAAGCUGGGAACACCGCAGAAAGGGAGAGCACUGAUGUGUAAGACACACAGAGCACUCUAUCAGCACAGCUGAGGUGGAUCACGUACAUAUAUUUUUCAUAUGAACAUUUUAUAAAUAGAUUCUUAUGUGUGGCUGCAAAAGAAGGGUAAUGUGACGCCGUUACUUUACAUUUCAUCCACAAGGUGGCGGUGUCUGUUCAGCAAUAAAAUGUUUAUUUUUCAAACAUUUAUAUUAAAUUGGUUACAUUUUUCAAAUUUGGUCCAUGUUUUUGCCACCUGUGUUAUUCUCUCUGUGUCUGCUUCAUUUUUACCCACCAGGACGCGUAACAAAGCCAACAAAUCAGGCAGUUUAAAGGGAAAGAAAACUUCUUUUAAUAGUCAUGAACUCAACAAGUCAAUUCAACAAAAUCAUUUGCUGUUAAAACGACAGUUUAACUGUUAUCGUCGAUAAAAACACAGAUUGAAUUCAACAGUAAUUGUUUUUUUUAACCCCUCCGUUACCCUGCAUAGACAUACUACAUAGCACUCCACUGGAACUCAUUGUAAAAACAGACUGUAAAUGUAUCUCAGUGCAGGCAGAGUCAGACAGUGAGUACACACAGACGACAGGUAAUGUGUUUCUGAAAUGGUCAGCUGCUUAGGCCAGGAAGUUCAAGGCAACUGUUUGAAUCUUGAAUUAUUGUUAUUAUUAUUAUUAUUAUUAUUAUUAUUAUUAUUAUUGUUGUUUUUUGUUGAAUUCUCUUGAAUGAAAUGAGAAGGUGAAGGUGGGAAGCCGUGGGUCAUUAUUAAGACUUUUUUCACAGUGCUUCAUUUUGCCUGUGUGGAUUAUUUUCAUGUCGACAUCUAUAUUCCAGAUCACACACGUACACAUUCACACACAAAACCAUACACGCCAGUCUAACGUCAAAAAAAAAA